UGGCGGAAGGUAACUGGGCUACUUCUGAAAGUUGAGAUCUAAUAUUUAUUCUCAUAGAAGAAACCCUAUUUUUACACAACGAACAGUCUUCGGCUACGGAGCAAGAAUCGAAGUCGAACUCAUGAUUUUCUUCAUAUUGCAUUCGGAAUCUCGUGUUUACUAAGCUAUCGACGCCUGUCGUUGCUGGGAAGUACUGCGAGUUCGAACCAUGCACAGGGCAACGUCUCGUUUGGGAUCAAUAGCUGACUCGCUGUACAGAUUCAAGCCGCACGAACAUGGGCGACAACAGGCUUCUAGCAAAUUGGCAUUCCAUCGGACUCUUCUCAUCUCUAAAGACAGUGAAUUUUUGGGAAAUGGAGCAGAGACAACUAAGUUCAUGCAGAUGCAGAUUGUUGAUGCACUUCGUCUGGGUGAUAGAAGUAGUGCUUCCAACCUACUUAUGGAACUUGGCCAGGAAAAGCAUUCUUUAACUGCAGAUAAUUUUGUUCGAAUUUUGAGCUACUGUGCAGGAUCACCUGAUCCAUUGUUUGUCAUGGAGACUUGGAGAAUAAUGGAAGAUAGAGGAAUUUUCCUAAAUAACACAUGCUCCUUGCUUAUGAUAGAAGCACUCUGUAAAGGGGGUUACUUGGAUGAGGCAUUUGGUCUAAUAAAUUUCCUAGCAGAAAGUCGUGUCAUGUUUCCUGUUCUGCCCGUGUACAAUUGUUUCUUGAGAGCCUGUGUCAAAAUGCAAAGUACGGUUCAUGUUGGUCAAUGUUUGGAUCUGAUGGACCACAGAAUGGUUGGGAAGAAUGAAGCUACAUAUUCUGAGCUUCUCAAGCUUGCAGUUUUUCAGCAAAACUUGUCUUCUGUGCAUGAAAUCUGGACGGACUUUGUAAAAAAUUACAGCCCAAGUGUUUUAUCUCUGAGAAAGUUUAUAUGGUCUUAUGCAAGGCUCGGAGACCUAAAAUCUGCGUGUAUUUCAUUGCAAAAGAUGGUGGCUUUGGCUGUUGGAGCCGCAGGAGGAAAGUUACCCUCUUUAGAAUUGGACAUUCCUAUACCUUCAAGCACUGAAUUCUAUCGUAACAAUUUUAGUUUCGAGGAUAAUGAACAUUCUUCUGAUGAGUUAUAUCGUAAGAAAUUGGUCACCUGCGAUGAUGACAUAGGGCAGUUUUCUGUUAAUGGAAUGAAAUGUGGAGAUGAAAGUGGUCCAUUAACUUUCCAGAACAAUUGCAGAAGCAGUUUUGUUAUGAAGGUUUUGAGAUGGUCUUUCAAUGAUGUGAUACACGCAUGUGCGUUUACUAGGGACUGCGGUCUUGCAGAGCAGUUAAUGCAACAGAUGCUUGAUCUCGGAUUGCAACCUUCAUGCCACACAUUUGAUGGUUUUGUUAGAUCAGUUGUUUCAGAGAGAGGUUUCAGUGAUGGCAUGAAAAUUUUAAAAAUAAUGCAACAGAGGAAAUUGAAGCCGUAUGAUUCAACUCUCGCUGCUGUUUCAAUAAGUUGUAGCAAGGCGCUAGAACUUGAUUUGGCUGAGGCUCUACUUGAACAAAUUUCUGCUUGCCCUUACCCACACCCCUUCAAUGCAUUUCUUAAAGCAUGUGAUACGAUGGAUCAGCCUGAACGUGCCAUGCGUAUGUUGGUUAAAAUGAAACAGUUGAAGGUGCUUCCAAAUGUCAACACAUAUGAGCAUUUGUAUUCUUUAUUUGGUAACGUGAAUGCUCCAUAUGAGGAGGGCAACAGAUUGUCACAGGCGGAUGCUGGCAAAAGGAUACGCAUGAUAGAGAUGGAUAUGGCAAAACAUGGGAUUCAACACAGUAAUUUAUCUAUGACGAACUUGUUGAAAGCUCUAGGCGCAGAAGGGAUGACGAAGGAGCUGCUUCAGUAUUUAAGUGUUGCAGAGAACCUCUUCUAUUAUAAUAACACUUAUCUGGGAACGCCUGUUUACAACACAGUGUUGCAUUUUUUAGUUGAAUCCAAGGAAAUUCACAUGGCAAUAGAAUUAUUCAAUAAUAUGAAGCAUUCUGGUUUCUUUCCAGAUGCUGCGACAUUUGAGAUGAUGGUUGACUGUUGUAGUGUCAUGGAAUGCUUGAAAUCAGCUUUUGCCCUUCUUUCCAUGAUGGUCCGCACAGGGUUUUGUCCACAGAUAUUAACUUAUACGAGUCUAGUGAAGAUUGUAUUGAGAUCUGAGGGAUUUGAUGAUGCCUUGAAUCUUUUGGAUCAAGCCAGUUCAGAAGGGAUUCAACUUGAUGUAGUUAUAAUGAAUACCAUCUUGCUGAAAGCUUGUGAAAAGGGAAGGGUUGAUGUGAUUGAGUUCGUCAUUGAGAGGAUGAAUCGCGAAAAGAUCCAACCUGACCCAUCAACGUGCCAUAGCGUCUUCUCUGCAUAUGUGAACCUCGGCUAUCACAGCACCGCUAUGGAAGCACUUCAAGUACUGAGUAUGCGUAUGCUGUCCAAAGAAGAAGAUGCCUCUCCAGACUUGACAGAAUAUGUCGAAAACUUUGUCCUUGCCGAAGACCCCGGAGCCGAUUUGCGAAUUUUGGAAUUCUUCAAAUGCUCUGAAGAGAGCCUGAGCUUUGCCCUCUUCAACUUGAGAUGGUCUGCCAUGCUGGGAUAUUCGCUAUGUUCUUCCCCUAAUCAGAGCCCGUGGGCAAUGAGACUUGCAAAUUCCUAUGAUGCCAACAGAAGUUCAUAGAUUCAAUCAAUCAGAAUCUCAUUGUUAUACUCUACCUAAGUUAAGUGCAAAUUCAUAUUGUGUUUUGUGUAAGAAUGACUCGGUAAAAUAUUACAUUUUUUUAGAUCUAGCGAUUCAACAUUGUGCCAAAGCAGUUUCAAAAUUUUGUCCCGCUAUUCAUUGAGGGAGUGCCGAAAAUGAAUAAAAUGAUUAUCUUUGUCUCAUUAUACCAUUAAUGGAA